GAGCAUCUUAACAUUAGCUUUACAUAUAAAGUUAUCUACAUACAGGGAGUUACAUUUGUGCGUUUAAUAAUUACAUCAAUGCAUAAACAGACUACCCGAUUUGGUUCCGGUUAUUAUAGCUGUUGAGUGUAUCAGUUCAACCAAUUAGGCUGUGGGUUCAAGUCAAGGCCGUGCCAAUGAGGCCAGUGGCUCUGAAAAACAUCUAGCUAAAGUGUAUAUUGUACAUACGAUAUAAAGUGACAAAAGGAAAUGUUUUUAUUAAUUAAUGAUAGAAAUGGCAAAAUAAAAUUCAACAACAAACAGAUUUAAAAAAAAAUCGAAAAACCGAUAACAUAAAUAGUAUAACUACAUAUAAUUAAUCAACGAAUAAUAAAAAAUAGUUUUAAAUAAAUGAGAAAAUACACACAACAACAAAUUUGAAAAAGAUUUAAAAGCUGAAUUCAGAACCACUAUAAUUAUACGUACAUACAUAUUUGCAAUACCUGUGGAGAAAUUGGAAUAUUUUUUAUACAUAUGUACAUACGCAUACACACAAAUAUAUUCAGAAUAGUCACCGUUUAAGCAAUAAAUAAUUUUUGGAGGCCGAAAAUAUCGAAAAAUCAAUAAAGCAAAAAUGCAACAAACGCGUUCACAGCGGAGGCAAUCCAGUCAUCUUUUCCAAAUGCAGGAUGGACUGAGUCCUAAAAAAACAGCCGUCAUAAUUGUGACCGUAGUUGGUUGCAUUGCAAUACUUUGGCCGAAGGUAUUCUAUCCGAUGAUGUUCGGUAGCAACGUGCCCGCGAAAAGUGGAAAUUUAAAGGAUCAACUUGGACCGGGAGGUUGUUGUGAUGUUGUUAUUGACAGAGAUAAAUUUCUGAAUGAAACUCCAACAGAAAUUGGUCCACAAUUGUACCGCAAGCAACUGAAUUUAUAUACCGGAGAGAUGAAUUCUAAUCCAGGUUUACGGCAGGAGCGUCCAGCACAUUUACAUCCCGAAUCCAUCUAUCAAGCGAUGCGUGAACGGGGUCGUGCCAUUCCCGCAACUACACCGACAGUGCCAAUUUUGGAGCGCAAAGGAUCAGCCAGCAAUCCACCGCCACGUGUCGUUGAUGGCCGCCCUGGCCCUAUUCCCGGAAUGCGCCCACCCAUGGGCGCCGGAUCUAUGCAUCAACCGCAGGCCCGUGCUGGUAAUAGUAUGGGCUUCAUAAUGCCACUUUAUACAAUUGGGAUAAUAGUCUUCUUCGGUUACACGAUUAUGAAGAUAGUGUUCAAGCGGCCAACGCCGAAUGCACCUUAUGGACCCAUGCCUACCAAUCCCGACUUUAGAAAAGAAGUCUUUGGUCAAGAAAAUGGAAGACAAGUUGACGAAGCGAAUAAUUCUAAACUAGGGUGGCGCGAACAUCAAGCAAGGUCCAAACCACAUGAACAGAUCAGCAGUGGUGGUGGCGGCGGUGUUGCAAGUGGUAGCGAGCUUUACAAUGCCAGUUUGGCAACUGCCACGGCGGCAUCCAUUCUUUCGACGCAGCUGAAGCAGCACAGUCAUGGUAUACCCAGCACUUUUGGUGGUGUUGGCACUGGCGCUGGGGGAAGCUUGGCUGCCGGAUACAGCAAGGAAACUGAACAAUUGAUGGAAAUUGAGAAAUUGCGUAAAAAGCUUGAGGAUACCGAAAAGGCGAUGGCAAAAUUGAUCGCAGAAAUGAACUCAGAUCAAUACGAAGCUAAGAAAUCAAGCGAAAAUCCGACAUCGAACUUUGGAGGCAUUUCCAAUGGGCAUACGAAAUCUGAGCAGGAACAUGAGCAUGUAGAUUAUAAAGAUACAAACGAGCUAAAUCUGGCGAAUAGUGAAACUCCCUCGAAUGUAGAUAGAGAACAUAAAAAUGAAGUGCAGAGUCCUAUUAGUAAAACCACAGGCGAUGCUGAACAAAAGAACAUCCAACAACGAAUGAAAAGGGAAGGCAGUGCUGAUCGAUCAGUGGCGGUUCUUGGAAUGGAGGUGACAGCAAGUUGUGAGGGUGGCCAAAAGUGGACAGGCCGCCCUCCAACACCUGUUUUCUUUUCGCACCAUGAACAUUCCAAUGAUAAUAACGAAAGUCAGGCGCCUGAACCGCAAUCCAUCUAUUUAGAAGGUGCUUUGGCGCACGAGUCACAAAUAUUGGUUACCGAUUCGGAAAUAAAAACUGAGGAAGUUUAUGAUAAAGAGCUCAAUGGGUCACCAGAGGAGCCAGCGGUGGUGUUGAGUAGUAAGAUGACAUUAUCGCUAAUCAAUUUGGAUACAAGUCAUGAAAAUAAUUAUGUGGAAAAUGAACCGGAAAUCGAAAGUCCCCUGGCGGAUGAUAUCGAAAUAAUUGGUGCUGACGAAAAAUAGAAAUUAUUUCAAAAAGUGAAUAUGUACUUUACUAAAUUCAAUGUACAAAAUAAGUAAAUUGGAUUUCGGUCAAAACUUCUUCAAAUGACUUGGACGUAGAUCUUCUCAAUGAUUCGCAAAUAUAUUCGGCAAUUAAUAAGGGAAUUAUAUACAUGAAUAAUUAUAUAAAUUUCAAUAAUAUUAUGGUAAUCUCUAUGAAUGAAUUGUACGUUUAUAGUAUUUUCUAAGUCGUAUCGAUUUAGCGUUGAACUUUGAACUGAAAUUGCUAUCCAAGACCGAGAAGUUUACGUCGUGCAUGAGUAUUGCUAGACUCUGAUUAUUUUGUUAAGUGUAUAUUUGUCGUAAACAAAAAUAAAAUCAUGUACUUCCGUUGUAUGGAAAUUCUUUUAAUAUUAAUUUCAAUUUCUAUAUCCGUUAUAUUUCUUUAUCUAUUAAAUUCUAACGCUUCUCCUGUUUAUCCACUUUUGCUCGUAUUCUUAUGUACAUAAAUGUGUACAUGUGUGCUCAAAAUAUUUAGUAUGCCAAAAAAUCAAAAUUAACUAAAUUUUCACAUUGAUGCUCACAUAUCCUAAACUAAAAAAGUUAGAAAAUGUUUUCAUUAUAAUUGUUUAUUUAAAAAAUUUAUAUAUAUUUAUGCAUCUAACAACAUAAAUUUAUUUAGCCAGUGAUUUGUCAAGAGUACAUACAUAUGUAUGUAUGUAUGUAUAUACAAUUGUUUGUAAAAUACCCCGAAUUGAAAUAGAAUACAAUUAGUAAAAUAAAAAUAA